AUGCGGAAGGCCAUGGCGAAGUCUCAGAACUUCCGCAUCGACGCCCUCCUGGCCGAGGAGCCUCCCCGGCCCGCGCCCGGCGCCUCCCCGGAGAGUUCGGCCGGGAGCCCCGGCGCCUGCGGGCGCAGCGAGACGCCCUCUCCGUGCGCGCCGUCCAGCUUCGUCUCGGUGCCGCCCACGGCCUUCAUCCCCAAGCCGGGCUUGCUGAACAUGGUGCCUCCGGGACUGGGCGGCCUGCCAGCCGUUUACCCGCCUCCUCUCUACCCGAUCCCGGCUCUGGCGGGCCAACAGCACCCGGCGUUCACUUACACCGCCGCUUUCGCUCACCUGCCCCAGCUGGGCGCCGCCGAGCACUUGAAGGCUGCCGCUGUCGCCGGAUCCCUCCCGUUAGAACACUGGAUUCGAGCCGGGAUCAUGCCCCCCCGCCUCCCGGACUUCUACGCUGCCCCACAGUCUGGCCUGAUGGGCAAGUGCCGCCGACCUCGGACAGCCUUUACCAGCCAGCAGCUUCUUGAGCUGGAGAACCAGUUCAAAAUCAACAAGUACUUAUCGCGGCCCAAACGCUUUGAGGUGGCCACAUCGCUGAUGCUUACUGAAACACAGGUGAAAAUUUGGUUUCAGAACCGUAGGAUGAAGUGGAAGCGUAGCCGGAAGGCCAAGGAACAGGUGACACAAGCAGAAGCUGAGAAACCAAGAGGGGCAGGCAAAGCCUCAGGAAAGCUUCUGCCUGGAGAAGUGGGAGGGCACGACGAUGAAGAGGAGAUGAGUGAUCAGGAGCACCAGAGGCACAGGGCUGGUGAACAGCUGCUGCACCAGACUGCUGACACCUUCAGCAGCAGCUCAGAGGAGGAGGAAGAAGAAAUGCAGAGUUCUGCUCACAGGGAGAUGGACUUGCUAUUAUGA